AAGGUGGCAGCCACGAAGGAAAUACGAGUGAAGACCAAUUGAAUAUUCAUAAAUUCACCGUCCCGCGCCUUUGAUUUCCUGCCAUUCAAUCCUUCCAUCUCCACACGCCGUCUAUUUGCACUUCAUCUCCCCUUCCCCCCAACUACGUGUGUAUAUAUAUGCGCCUUCAAUCCCACCAUUCCCACCAAACCCUCCACCAGAUUCAUUUAUCUUUUCGAAAUUCAAACCUUCGUUCCCCUCUCAGAUUAGAUUUAAUUAAUAGACGAAAAGAAAUGCUUAAUUUUGAUCGGAAAGCGGAUAUGGUUUCCCCUGAUUUGCCUAAAAAAUCUCCCAGGGUUUUGAAUAAGCAUCAUAUCUCUAUUCCGCCCCCGCCGCCGCCGGUUCAUGAGUUGGAGUUGGCUGCCGCGUCGGAAUCUGCUUGCUCCGCUUAUGAGUACUACUUGAGGCUGCCGGAGCUGAGUAGGCUAUGGAGUUCUAAGGAGUUUCCUGACUGGAAGAAUGAAUGUCUGAUCAAGCCGGCUCUGCAGGGGCUGGAGACAACGUUCCGGUUCGUCUCUGUCGUCCUAUCGGAUCCCCGGCCGUACGCGAACCGCCGCGAGUGGAAGCGGAGGUUGGAAUCUCUCGCGAGGAGUCAGGUUGAGAUCAUAGCGAUGUUAUGCGAAGACGACGCGGAAGAUGAUGAGACGCGAGGCGCAGCUCCGAUUGUGGAUCUGACCUCUUCCGACGCGGUUUUGUCUCGCGAGAACAGCUCGGUGGAGGUGUGGAAGCUCUCCGACGAUACGACGGUGGUGAGCCGGACGAGCGAAGCUAGCCUGCUGCCCCGGCUCGGUACGUGGCGCAAAUCGGAGGACGUAGCUCGGAAGGUUCUAGACAGCAUCGAAAGCGAGAUGCAGCGGUGUCCGUACACUCUCGGAUUAGGCGAGCCGAAUCUGACCGGGAAACCGAGCCUCGACUACGAUUCGAUCGUCAGGCCGACGGAGCUUCACUCCCUGAAGAAAAGCCCCUCCGAUCGCCUCAACCUUCAGAACUACGAGAACCAGACACUGUACACAACUCUUCACGUGCUCGAAUCCUGGAUCUGCGCAUCGAAAUCGCUUCUCUAUCGGAUCUCGGAGAGAAUCGAUCGGAAGGAAUUUGACAAGGCCGGAAGCGAUUGUUGGAUCCUGGAGAAAGCAUGGAGGCUCCUAACCGAGAUUCAAGACCUGCACCUGUUGAUGGAUCCCGACGAUUUCCUCCGCCUGAAAAAUCAGUUGUCCAUCAAAGCAAUUUCCGAAACCGAGCUCUUCUGCUUCCGAUCCAAAGGAUUGGUGGAAAUCACGAAGCUCUCGAAGAGCCUGAAGCACAAAGUCCCCUGUAUCCUCGGCGUGGAAGUCGAUCCCAAAGGCGGGCCGAGAGUUCAGGAGGCGGCGAUGGAGUUGUUCCGGAGAAAAGACAGCGCCGAUAAGAUCCAUCUGGUUCAAGCGCUGCAAGCCAUAGAAAUGUCGUUGAAGCGGUUCUAUUACUCGUACAGGCAGCUUCUGGUUGUGGUCAUGGGGAGCUUAGAAGCGAAGGCGAAUCCGGCGACUGUGAACGCCGAUUCCGGCGAUUUGCUCGCACAAAUAUUUCUAGAGCCGACGUAUUUUCCGAGUUUGGAUGCAGCCAAGACGUUUCUGGGGGAGCAUUGGAGUCACGAUCACGGCAGGUGUCGUCCGGGAAAGGGGGAAAUGUCCCAAAAAUGAGUUGACUCGUAAAAUUCGUUCAACUCAGUGAUGCUGUGACUCGGACGUCUUUUCAGAGCGAUGUAUAUCAUCAUGUUCGUCUAAUCUUGGACUGUCCGUUAUGUAAUACGCCGAUAUUGAUUUAUUAACGUCAUACUUACUACUAAUACUCUGUAUUACGGAGUAAUCAUUAAUGGGCGCAUAUGCAUUUUGUCCCGGAUGUAUACAUUGGUUUUUUUGUUUGAAGUUAAGUAAUUGAUCGUUUAAAUAAAUGACUAAUGCUAAA